GCAUUAUAGAGGUUGUAAGGGUGUAACUUUUGUAUAGAUUCUGUAUAUAAUAACACUAGGAAGAGGAAGCUAUUAGGGACAUGAGCAGCACAAAGAAAAUGUCUCAUUCCAGAAAGGAGCAGUUUCUGGAGGGUGGAGUAUAAACAACACGAGUGCAAAUGAGAGGAUGAGAGAUGGAAGUGUCACCUUUCUCAGAAGCUUCUGACCCUGCCCCCUCCCAGAGAUGGGACGCUGGACUAGAAGGAGCUGUAUUCUGAGCUGGUGUGGUAGCUCCUACUCUGAGGGCAGAAUCUGGUCAGGAACCACUCUGGACUUCUAGCUGGAGAGCAACUUAUUCGAUGCCAGUGGACCCUGGGAAAUGCUGGUUGCAUAAAAUGCGAGACCGAAACUCAUCUAUUGUUCUUGCUGAUAUUAAGCUGUUUCCACUUGCCUUUGUGGAUGCAUGACUGUGUGAUACGUAGGGCCCUGUGGGUGAUGGGGGUCAGUGCCGCUGAGAAGAUGUCACCAGAGACAAAGGACACCUGGGUAGAUCUGAGGUUUAGGUUCUGUGGGUACAAGAUGGAAACUUUCAUAUUUCUGGCCCAGCAGAGACUUCAUCCCUUAACUAUAAAGUGCCAGAUCUUGCCUCAGAUAAGAACUUCCCAUGACUGCCUCUUCUGACUAUACCAGACCUAGCCCCACCUCUAGGCUACUGCUACAGGAUCCCUUCUCUCUAGUCCACUUCUCACAUCCCGCUGAUCCACAUUCAGCUCCUGUCUCCAACUCAGUCUUGCUUCUCCCCAUGCCACUUGCCGUAUUCCAAAUAGUGCCAGGGUGGGAUCUCAGGCAAGCUCCCACCUCACAGCAAACCAAUUCAGGAUUGAAAGGGUUAAGCAGACCUGCUAGAAUAUACAUGUUUCAGGGUUGGUUCACGUUUCAGGGAUCAGGAGGGGUUGUUUGUUAUUCUUUCUGGGGAUCAGACUUACUCUGAACUCCUGGGCUCCACCAGACAACUGGAUUUUGUUAUGACCAUCCAAAUUCUUUUCACAGGGUCCCUUUAUGCCAGGCAACUGGAUUGAGAAUGAUGGGGAGAAAGGAGGCUCCUCUCACCCAUGCAGGGGAUGGGGCUGCACAGUGAAAAAGCCACGUGAUCUUUGACUCAUUUAACAAAAGGAGUCACGUCAUAUACAACCCCCCACAAUUCCUGGUUCCCAGCAGCUGAAUACAGUGGUGGUGUCUGACGCCAUGGAAAGCUUUAUGGCACCGCUAAGCACCCUCAGCGAGCUGGGGCUUCAUCACGGCAAGAAUAAACUGCUGCGCGGCAAGGUGAGCGGGCCCUCGCGGCGCAAGCGGGAGUUCAUGCCCGACGAGAAGAAGGACACUAUGUACUGGGAGAAGAGACGCAAGAACAACGAGGCGGCCAAACGCUCCCGGGAAAAGAGACGACUCAAUGACUUUGCCAUGGAGAGCCAGUUGUCGGCUCUCAGUGAGGAGAACGCCCUCCUCAGGGCCGAGCUGCUGGCCUUGAAGCUGCACUUCGGUCUCAUCAGCCCGGACGUCUACACCCACCAGGCCGGUUCCAUCCAGGACUUCCUGGGGAUUUACCUCAGAGGGCACAAAGCAGCCGCCCCUUUCCUCGAGGUGGAGCCCUUGACCCGGGAUGGCUGCUUCAGGACAAACGGCGUUGUGCCCCGCAUGGUGGAGCCCACUGAGUUCGCUUACAAAGGCCUCACCCCACCCAGAAAUCUCCAGAGCUCUGACCCAAAGCAGACCCUACUGGGCACCCAGUACGAUCUGAACCCUCACCAGCCAAAGAGGCUCGAAUCAGCCUUCAAAUCCACCCUCUGCUCCCCUUACUUCAAUUACCACUUUCUGGAGAAAUACACUUGCCGGUUCCCUUCGCUGGACAAUGCCCGUUUCUUGGCCACUUCUCCCAGUAUGGCUGAGGCAGGGAACCAGGGCGCCAAAAGCCCAUUAGAUGAAGAUGAUGAGCAGCAAGUGCCUAAAAUAUCCCCUCUCCCCCACGGCAGCCAGCUGUGCCCUGUGGAGGACCCUUCCAGGGGCCGGAGCUAUUCUGCCCUGCCUCACAAACUCAGAAUUAAGACUAAAGCCCUCAGCAGCUGGGAGGAGAGUGGCUCUGACUCCCGUUGAGAUUGCAGAGGAGACACACACCCCUCAUUAUGGGCUGGGAAGGAGGGAGCAAGUGGGGGAUAAUUAUCUUAUGCACUGAAGAGGAAAAGUAAUUUGUUUUGCGUUGAACAUGUGAGAUAUGGGUGUGAGCAGGGCCUGACGGGGGCUGGCAUGUGUCUGGCAUGGUAGUACUUUCCCAAAACUCCACACGCCGUGUUCCAGUGAGACCCACAGACUCACUCUUUGUACAACAGGGGGCUUAUGGUUUCACUUUGUUGCUUUGCUCAUGCCUGGAGCCGAAAGGCAGGGUCUGGGGUAGGCGUGGGAGGGGAGGACUGAGGAUGGAGAAGGCCGAGAUUACAGGCAUGGUGAGCAGCGCAUGAUACUCCAGCAGCACUACACCCCAACUACAGUCGCUCGGUGUGGCAGCCAUUUUCACUCCUCUUGCUUCGUGGUCACUUUCUUCCCCGCAGGAUGGGGCUAUUAAAGGUUUUAUUCAUGUUUCCUGUUUGAAACAGCAAAUGGACAGAGACAGCUUCAACGACGCCCACCUCAACAUGCCUGGAGCAGGCUCAGGACAAAUGGGGGUGUUGGAGAGAGGUAGCGGAUUAUCUAAGACUCAUGCUAUUCAAUCACGUUCCAUCUGUAGUCCCAUUGUCCUUGCAUUCCUGUAACCAGUGGGACUGUUUCUGUGUGUGAGGAUGGGAAGUGGGAUCAGAAACCAGUUGGGUGAGAAGAAGAAAGGGCCUCUAGAGCAAUACUCACCUAGAUUCGUAUUGAACAGAUUUAAUGAUCCUUUAAGCCAUUUCGUAAUGGCUCAGACUUUGUCUUACCUUGAAUAUCUUCCAUGAUUCCUGCUGGUGAUUCCAGAGCUCCCCAGUAUAGCCACAGUAGAACAUGCUUCUGGUGUCAUUUGCAGAGCAGUUACCCAGUUUCUGAUCGUAGUUACUCUGGAAGUAAAUGUGGAAUCACAUCAGUGGAUUUACGCAGGGGUAAAACAAGAAAAGAAUCUAGCCCACUGUAUUUCCCAUGAAUCAUCAGUUCUCUUCAGACUGAAUAUGUCCAUUUCUCUUAAUCAGCAUGGCCUAGUAGAAAACAUUUCAUUUUUCUUUACAUCAUUUUUUGGGAGGAGGCAAAAAUUCUUUUUUUUUUUUAAAUUUGUAAUUGAGAAUUCUAUCAAAAAUAUUUGUGUUUUGUUCAUAAUUGAACUCGCUUUUGUAAAUCAGAAAUUUUUGAAAAAAGAUUUUUUUAAAAUUGUGCAAUAAUUAAAAAAAAAAAUCCCAACUUGUGACUAAGUGGACCAAAAAAUUUCUCAUUUGAAACUAUCUUAUUUUGAAAAUGAUACCAAAGCCAAAAUCCCCCCUGAGCCAAAGCACAUCAGUUUUCAUGGCCAGCGAUACGGCCUGCACCACAUCUGACCAUGCUGGAGGUGAUGUUCUAGCAGGAGAGCAAAUUAGGCUCAAACCAACAACCUAUCAGAUGAUCACAGAAAGUCUGAAUAACACAGCCACUGCAGCUCCAGGAAAGGGCUACAUGAAAAUGUUCAUUACAAAUGUCACCCAAAAUGUUGAUAAAAUGAGACAACGAGGAGUCUGGUGGCACCUUAAAGACUAACAGAUUUA